GCCUUACUCGCGACUUACUUUUAAAUAUAGUCAUAUGUGUGAAUAUACAUAGGUAUGAAGUUACCACCCCUGAACAACACUCAGCACAAAUGAAAAUUAUAUUCUCGUUUCAUCAUCUCUAUCACGAAUACUGACAACAAAAGAUUAAAAAAUAUCACAUGUAUCAGAGAAGUGUCAAAUUUCGAAGUAUUUAUAAUCGAAGAACAAUGAUUUAAGCUUUAAAAAAUAAGUUCAGGUGUGAAAUGUUCACAAACCAUGAAAUAAUGGAGCCAAUUAUUCAAAACCAAAAUAGAUGGUAUAAUUGUGCAAAUAGUAAACGACCUUCGCCAUUGACUCGCAGAUUACAACAGAUUUCUGUGAUAGGGUUUCUAUGUUAAGUACAACCAAGACUGAGCAGCUCAGUUCGUUUUCAGCACGCAACAGAGCUCUAUCAACUUAAGGUUAUUAGCAGGUAUUGCUUUUAUUUGCUACGUGAAUUGUUAAUAUUGAUGAACAUUUGAUUUUAUUGGAAUUUUAUCGGGUCGAGUGGAUAAUUUGAUUAAAAUUAAUAAAAAACUGUUCGGAAUCAAUACGAUCUGACGGAUCGAUUUUUGUUUAUUUGAAGACCACCUGCUUAUGCCGCCGCGAGAAACACGUGGUUUAAAGCGACAAAUUGCGCAAGACAAAUAUGUUCGGGCAACCAAGCCGACGAAGACUUGAGUGAUUUCUCAUAUUGCUAUAAAAAACGUUCUCUUGCUAUUUCUGGCUGAUUCCUUAAGACUCCUAGAAACAACGUGCUUGCACAAGUUUCCUGUUUUUUUAUAUUUGAUUUAUUUUUUCUUUUAUUUUGUUCUCGUCUAAAAAGUCUAGCUGAAGUUAUUAUGAACCAUGACACGUCAAAAUAAAACCUUUCUUAUCUAAAAUUCUCAUAGUAUCAUAAUAAUGUCUGUAGAAGGAUAUUUGAAACAAGAGCCUGGAUUUGCAACCAGAGCAAUCCACUCUGGUUAUAAAGCAGAACAAGAAUCCUCUUGGGCUGUUGUACCUCCAAUUUCUCUAUCUACAACUUUCAAACAGGAAAGUCCUGCCCAACACAAGGGUUUUGAAUAUGGGAGAAGUGGGAAUCCAUCCAGAUUAACACUGGAGAAAUGUCUUGCUUCAUUGGAUAAUGCCAAGUAUGGAUUGUGCUUCUCCUCAGGACUUGGAGCAACAACUGCUAUAGUUAAUCUUCUAAAUUCUGGAGAUCACAUAGUAGCUGUUGAUGACCUUUAUGGUGGUACUUACAGAUUACUUACAAAGGUUGCAGAGCGCUUGAAUAUAAAAACCACGUUUGUUGAUGGUCGUGAUCCUCAAAAUGUAGAAAAUGCUAUUACAAAAGACACAAAAAUUGUAUGGCUUGAAACUCCAACAAAUCCAUUACUGAAAGUAAUAGAUAUAGCAAAAGUUUGUGAUCUAGUUCAUAAACACAAAGGUGUAAUUGUUGUUGUAGACAAUACAUUUCUCAGUGCAUACUUUCAGCGACCUCUCAACCUGGGAGCAGAUGUAACUAUGUACUCUUUAACAAAAUAUAUGAAUGGCCAUACUGAUUGCAUAAUGGGAUCCAUCUCUACCAACAAUGAAGAUAUUUAUGAGAAACUUAAAUUUCUUCAAAAUGGUAAAGUUCAUAUUAUUUUUAUUGAUUCAGGAGUAGCGGGACAUAUGUCAUAUGCAAUUGGAGUGGUACCGUCUCCUUUUGACUGCUUCUUGGUGUAUCGCAGCUUGAAAACAUUAGCUGUGCGAAUGGAACAGCAUAUGAAAAAUAGUUUAGCUAUUGGGCAGUAUUUGGAAACUCAUCCACUUGUAGAAAAAGUCAUUCAUCCAGGGUUACCAUCUCAUCCACAGCAUUCAUUGCUAAAGAAACAGUGCUAUGGGUAUAGUGGAAUGGUUUCUUUCUACUUGAAAGGUGGAUUGGAAGAAUCCAAAGUCUUCCUUUCUUCACUUAAAUUAAUAACCCUUGCUGAGAGCUUGGGAGGCUAUGAAAGUUUAGCAGAACUACCUUCUCUCAUGACGCAUGCAUCCAUACCUCCAGAAGAACGGGCAAAAUAUGGAAUUACUGAUAAUUUGAUUCGCAUGUCAGUAGGUUUGGAAUCAGUUGAGGACCUUACUGCAGAUAUUGAUCAAGCAUUCCAGGCUGUGAAGAAUUUGAACAAAAAAUAAUAAUAAUAAUAAUAAUAAUUCAAAUUUGAAUAAAGUUGAAAAUUGAAAAUUUUGUAUGAUAUUUUGGAAUACUUUUCCAGAAAUGUUUGUCACUAAAGUAUGCCUUCAUUAA